UCUUUUCAAGGAAGCCAAGGCAGGGCGUACCUCUUCAACUCCGUGGUGAACGUCGGCUGCGGGCCGGCGGAGGAGAGGGUGCUACUGACCGGCCUGCAUGCUGUGGCGGAUAUCUUCUGCGAGUGUUGCAAGACAACGCUCGGCUGGAAAUACGAACAUGCGUUCGAGUCGAGCCAGAAGUACAAGGAGGGUAAGUUCAUCAUCGAACUAGCUCACAUGAUCAAGGAGAACGGUUGGGACCAUGAAGACGACUGCAAGAACCGUCAGCCUUAAUGCGUACACCACCGGGGGCGCCACUGCAUUUUUGCACGCGGAUGUUGUCGACACGCGAUUGCGCGCUUCGCGACGUACGCGGCUUUAUCCUCGGUGGCAGGCGUGCACGUCGCUGUGGUAAGCUUGCUGCUGCUGCUGCUAGUGGUGGGGAUA